GGGGAAAGGGGCUAAGAUCCACAAAGUCCCUUCCACCAGGUGGCUGAUGAGAUAUGUUGGCACGACGGCCAUAUUGCAUCUCCAUCCCAAAGUCCCUUCCACCAGGUGGCUGAGAAAUGUUGGCACGACGGCCAUAUUGCAUCUCCAUCCCAAAGUCCCUUCCACCAGGUGGCUGAUGAGAUAUGUUGGCACGACGGCCAUAUUGCAUCUCCAUCCCAAAGUCCCUUCCACCAGGUGGCUGAUGAGAAAUGUUGGCACGACGGCCAUAUUGUAUCUCCAUCCCAAAAUACCUUCCACCAGGUGGCUGAUGAGAUGUGUUGGCACGACGGCCAUAUUGUAUCUCCAUCCCAAAGUCCCUUCCACCAAGUGGCUGAUGAGAAAUGUUGGCACGACGGCCAUAUUGUAUCUCCAUCCCAAAGUCCCUUCCACCAGGUGGCUGAUGAGAAAUGUUGGCACGACGGCCAUAUUGCAUCUCCAUCCCAAAGUCCCUUCCACCAGGUGGCUGAUGAGAUAUGUUGGCACGACGGCCAUAUUGCAUCUCCAUCCCAAAGUCCCUUCCACCAGGUGGCUGAGAAAUGUUGGCACGACGGCCAUAUUGCAUCUCCAUCCCAAAGUCCCUUCCACCAGGUGGCUGAUGAGAUAUGUUGGCACGACGGCCAUAUUGUAUCUCCAUCCCAAAGUCCCUUCCACCAGGUGGCUGAUGAGAAAUGUUGGCACGACGGCCAUAUUGUAUCUCCAUCCCAAAAUCCCUUCCACCAGGUGGCUGAUGAGAUGUGUUGGCACGACGGCCAUAUUGUAUCUCCAUCCCAAAGUCCCUUCCACCAAGUGGCUGAUGAGAAAUGUUGGCACGACGGCCAUAUUGUAUCUCCAUCCCAAAAUCCCUUCCACCAGGUGGCUGAUGAGAUAUGUUGGCACGACGGCCAUAUUGCAUCUCCAUCCCAAAGUCCCUUCCACCAGGUGGCUGAUGAGAAAUGUUGGCACGACGGCCAUAUUGCAUCUCCAUCCCAAAGUCCCUUCCACCAGGUGGCUGAUAAGAUAUGUUGGCACGACGGCCAUAUUGUAUCUCCAUCCCAAAGUCCCUUCCACCAGGUGGCUGAUGAGAUAUGUUGGCACGACGGCCAUAUUGUAUCUCCAUCCCAAAGUCCCUUCCACCAGGGGCUGAUGAGAUAUGUUGGCACGACGGCCAUAUUGCAUCUCCAUCCCAAAGUCCCUUCCACCAGGUGGCUGAGAAAUGUUGGCACGACGGCCAUAUUGCAUCUCCAUCCCAAAGUCCUUGCUUGUCAGUGUACUUCGCCGACUGCCAAGAACCUUGCCCUCAUCCAGGCCAAGGUGGCGAGACACGGUAGUGAUGACACCAUAGGCGUUGUUGAUCUCUGCACCAGACAGGAUGCUCUUACCAGCAUACUUGGGGUCCAACAUGUAUGCUGCGGCGUGUUUGGGCAUCAGGCAGGAGUCUUCAUGCUUUUUGAUGGACUUCAGAACUGCAUUUUUUCUGCUUGGAGCAACAGUGAAGUGGGCAGGGCAGUACGGAUUUCUCCUCUUACAUCUGCAAGCAGAGUCUGAACAUCAGAC